AUGUUAUCGCACUCGCCAGCGUGCUUGAGCGGCCAGGGUUGCGUUGAGUCCAGUAAUUAUGUAGGACGGGUUGCUCACUUUACCUGUGCUGGUAUUUCUGGGGCAACCGGUGGAGAUUUUAACGCGCGAAGUAUCGACGAACCUUAUCGCCUGCGCCUCCAUUUUGGCACCAAACCCGGCCCCGCGGGGGACGCCCCGGACGACUUAAAGCUCAUCACACCGGCGCUGCCUGCUGGUACGUACCGUCCUGCCGAUGGCCAUGCCGCGUUCGUUGCUCUGGUUGCUGCUGGUGUGGCGCUGCUGCUGCUGGCCGACUUAAUCCUCACAGACCCGUAUGGCAAAGACUGGGCCGGUCCCGGGGGCCGCCUCCAUGUUUUAUAUGGAGCAUGCCGGGAAAGCGGCGAUAGAAAAUAA